UUCAUUGUCGCUGCCGUUCAUCAAAUUAUACGAACUGCACGCAGAAAUUCAAUUUAAGCGGGUAACAUUGCAGACUUGCAGUGGUGCUCGUGAAAUCAAAGCAUGCCAUCAGAACUCGGUUCAGUCGAAAACCCUAGAAAAUGGCGCUUCACAUGGGAAGCGCAAUCGCAUAUACCAACCCUACGUUUAUUGCUCUUCGAUUCCUAUACCAAUCCUUCUCUUCAAUGUCAGAAUCUCAAGGUUCAUCUCAAUCUCCAGCAGUCCGUAGUUUGUGUGGCUUGGUUACAAGACCUCGAAAUGUCCAUUCGAGUUCCUAUGCCUCCGGUUUUGGUUGACGCUGAGUCGCCUCUGAGUUUUAGAGCUUUCGAAGACCAUAUUGAGGUUAAGCUUGUCUUGCUUCUUCCGGUUGAUCACCCUAUCAUUCUUAACUUCGACAAUGUGCUGGACUUCUCCGAAACGCGAGGACAUAGCAACUCCAAGGCGUUGAAGCCACUUUCAAUGGAUUAUGAUCAAAGCAGUUUAUCACGCAGUGGUGGCGUCCACUUUUAUUGCAGAAAUUGUUCUUUCAGGCUGAGUGAAUCCCCUCUCAGAAAUUUUGUUGAAAUGCCAUCAGUCAACUGGCGAGAGGUGGCUGAUAACUGGUUUGGGACUUGCUGCUGCUCCUUCGGGGGGAUAAGCGAGAAGCUGGUUACUAGGUACACAAAUUCCUAUAGAUGUGCAAAGGGUGUCUGCCUACUCACUUUAACGACUAUUACUCUUUCCAAGGAUGACCUUAUUGGACAUGUGUUCCCAGACUAUGAUGGGACCCGAGAACUCAAGGAUGAAUCAGAUUUCACUGAUGGCAAUUGGUUAACUGAAGCUAAGCAAGAAUCACAAUGUAAUCAUACAUCUACAGAGGAGGUAAAAUCUAAGCAGUUCAAUUAUAAGAACCUUGUUGCAAAGACGGAGGGUAAUGCUGCUGUGAAGGGAAGCGAUGAAGUUGAUUCACCUCUUGUGACUUCAAUUCCUGACUUACAUCAACAUGGAGAAAGUAAUGUACUUCAUGAUCUUGAUAGAGAUUGCAUGCAUCACACAUGUGGCACAUAUGAGUUAGACCCAAAGCCUAUUAAUACUGUAGAUGUUUCGGACGAUCAAAGAUCCUUUCUUAAUGGUUUUCUUGGAAAUAUCUUUAUGGCUAGACUGUCAAAUCUUUCAGCAGAUUUUGAAUGGGCUGAGUUCUUUUGCCCCCAGUGUUCAACUCUGAUUGGGGCUUACCCUUGCAGAAAUGGCUGUGGACCUACAGAUGGUGGAGUUCGACUCUUUAAAUGUUAUGUCUCAACAUGUUUAUCAACUGAAUCAGAAAAUUUGUUCAGGGACUACACGUUGGAAAAAAUGUUUGCAUCUCAGCUACUGGAAAGUGCAAAUGAAGAAUCAUCAUUUCGUACCGUGGUUAAGGAGUUGAAAACCAAGUCUGCCAUGCUGCACAUUGUUCUCAUCAAUUCAAAUUCUUGGUCGUGUAGUGGUUAUUGUUUGGGCAUGGAGGAUACUGCAGAAGUUGUUCCAAAGGUGGAUUUAAAUCCAAUCAUCAAGGUGCUAUUCUCAGAUUGCAACAAAAGUGCGGAAUCUCACCUAAGGAAACUUGAAGAGUGGGUGACAAAAGAUAUAGCAGAAGAAGUUUUUAUGUUAGCCCAUCAAAUAGAGGAAUUAAAUGAAAUCCUAGUUUCAAGAAAUGAUACACUUCCAUCUUCAUGUUCUUCCCUUGAUGGUUUAACUUUGACAUCUAUUCUGAGGUAAUAUUUAUCUCAUCUUCUUUGGAUUCGUACCCAAAUCAUGGAUAAGCAAGAUUUUCUAAGAUGUAACUUGAUAAAGAUGAGUAGCAACGUUGAAGAACUCAUUGUAUACCGUGUCUCUGCUACUUUGAGGAGGCGCCAGCCGAGCUUGUAAGGACUUAAUAUCUGUUUAUCAGCAAGCCAUACUGUAUUGCAGGAACUUUAUUAAACGUGCUGGCUUACCAGGUUUUGAAUGUAUUUCAAGCAUGGACUAUUUUAUUUUAUAUAUGAAGCUAACUACAUGUCUUGGAACCUGCUUGGUCGUGGCAUUAGUCGUCCAGGUGCUCGACUGUAACAUACUCUAUAAUUUAUGUUGGCAUCUUAGUCUGAUUUGAG